AGAGCCAGUUGGGCCUACAAACUAGAGGCAGGACAGAGGUUACCGUGGCUGAUCGUGUAUUUUGCAAUAUGGCUGGGUCAACUUUGAUCUUUUUAAUCGUUAUCCUUUGGAGCAUGUUUGCUUUUAACUUGAGCGUGGAUCCGGAAUUUCAGGAGCAGUUAUUUUUGAAGACAUUGGGUUUGUCUAGUCGACCCAAGCCGUCAGUGCAUGGCGCUAUUCCUGCAUUGCUUUGGAAAAUGUUCAAAAAGUCCCAUGCGAGGGAAAAAUCUGUGACUACAAAUGACCCAUGCAUGGUUUCUGAGUUCGGUGUCCGUGGGAAUAUAGUGCGUUAUGUUCAAGAUCAAGGUAGGAUGAUACCGCCUUCCAACAGCCAUUGCCCCAAAUGUGUGGAGAAGCAUCUGUUUUUCAACAUGUCCGUGCUGGAGAAAAUUGAGCAACUCUCAUUUGCACAGCUGGAGAUAAAGUUUAGGCAGGAUUUCUCUCGCGUUUCGCAGGGGCUCGACCAACAAGCCUUCAGUAUUUCCCUUUUCAAAGUUCUCAAGACUACACUUAAAGGGGUGAAUCACCAGUCCACUCGAAAGCUGCUCUACACCCAAUCUGUGCAACUAACCUCGGGGUAUGUGCGCUUUAAUUUGACGGACAUCGCUGAGGGCUGGAGAAAGCCCAGCAAGAACUACGGGUUGGCCCUCGUUGCGCAGCCAAGUCAGACGACCAACGACGUAGACUCACUCUAUUUUGACAUUGGCCGUGUGUUUUCUUAUCCAUAUGUCAGUCUCGUACCCGAGUUUUACACGUCGUUGGUAGUGGUGUCUUUGAACCCACUCCACUGCAGGUCCCGCAGGAAAAGAAGUGCUUAUUAUCUACCGGUUACGCCCAGCAACGUCUGCAAACCGAGACGGCUGUACAUCGACUUCAAGGAUGUUGGAUGGCAAGACUGGAUCAUUGCGCCUCAGGGAUACGUAGCCAACUACUGCCACGGAGAGUGUCCAUUCCCUUUGAGCGAAAGUCUUAAUGGGACCAACCACGCCAUUUUACAGACUUUGGUCCAUUCCUUUGAUCCAAAGAGUACUCCCCAGCCCUGUUGUGUUCCAAUUAAACUCUCUCCCAUUUCUAUGUUGUAUUAUGACAACAAUGACAAUGUUGUCCUUAGACAUUAUGAGGACAUGGUUGUAGAUGAAUGUGGUUGUAGAUAAAAGAAAAAAAGUCUUAAAGGUUUGCAUUGAAAUUUGACUGACUGGCUUGACAAGAUUUUAAGUCGAUUUGUUUAAAUAUCUCUAUAAACUGCUGCGUUUUAAAUGACUAAUGCGUUGCAGUAAAUCUUAUGACGGUAUUAUUCCAUUUCAUGGUUAUGAAUGUUAACUUCUUCUUAUAAUAAAAAUAUAUUUUUUCCAUCUA